AUAGUUACGCAAAAGUCUGUGAAAGAAGAACUAAUCCAGUAUUAGAGGCCCAGCUUAAUUUUACCCCAGAGCUGUCAGAUCUACUUGUUCUGGAAUGCUCUGGUCUUCCCCCGAGAGUCCAUGUCUAUCUGGUAAGGCCUUCUCUAUGCCUCCGCCAUACCCGACUUCCGGCAAUUUUCUCCGAUCAUCAACUCCAAGAUAACAACACAACACGAUCGUCUCGUGGUAAAGGCUCAGCGAGGAGAAGGCUAGGCGGUCAUAGCAUAGGCUUAAACGACCUGAACCGGUUACAAAAUCGCCGCUAAAGAUCUCGGUGGUGACUCUGGGAAAAAGGAGGUUUGAUUGAUUAAGUACCGGCCUCUACAACAUUGCUAUUUCUGGUCUCAAUGAUGCCUUGUGGGAAAAAAUUCAUUGCCUGUGCUUCUGCAUAAGCUGUCAUUGAUAAUCCUGACAAUUGAAGAGUUGAGGGACAAAACUUCUUGUUUGUACCAUAUUAGUUUGGAAUAGGAGACCAUGUCAAGCGGUCGAAACACCCAUUGGUGUUACGAAUGCAGGCGGCCAACUCAGUUGCAAGGGCGAGAUGCAGUUUGCCGAAACUGCAGUGGAGGAUUUGUUCAAGAACUUGAUGACAUGGUUCAUAUCAGCCCACUGGCUGAUGAGGAUCGUGAUAGGAGGUUUGGAUUCAUGGAUGCUUUCUCAGCUUGGCAGCAGUUAACAGACAGAAGAGGUAGCGAAAAUAUAAGGGGUAGAUCAGAUUUAGUUCCUGAACAUUCCCCGGCGUUUUCUCCUUUGUUGAUUUUUGGUGGCCAAAUUCCUGUUCGAUUUGGGAAUGGUGCAUUUGAAGCUCUGUUCAAUGGGUCUCCUGGAAUAGGUGUAACGCGGGGUAAUGUGGGUGAUUAUUUUGUUGGUCCUGGCUUGGAAGAAUUGUUUGAGCAGCUUUCAGCAAAUGAUAGGAGGGGCCCUCCCCCUGCAUCGAGGCUUUCAAUCGAUGCAAUGCCAACUAUUAAGAUCACGAAUAAGCAUCUUCGUUCUGAUUCGCAUUGCCCUGUUUGCCAAGACAAAUUUGAGCUGGGAUCUGAAGCAAGGCAAAUGCCAUGUAAGCAUGUAUAUCACUCAGAUUGUAUUGUACCAUGGCUAGUCCAGCACAACUCAUGCCCUGUUUGCCGCCAAGAACUGCAUCCACAGGGAUCUGGAAGUGGUCAUAGCUCAAACAUUAGAAGUGGUGGUUUUGGUAGUAAUACCGGUGGAAGGGAAGGCCAAGGAAGACGAAAUCUUUUCUCUUCUCUGUGGCCGUUUCGCUCGUCUAGUUCUAGCUCUAGUUCUAACCGUAACCCACCACAUGAAAGCAGCCCGCCAACUACGCGUGAAAAUAGCAAUCAAAUGGGGUAUUCAGGAUGGCCCUUUGACUAAGAUUACAAUGUUGCUAUGUUGCUUGCUUUCCUUGGAUCAGAAUCUAAAGCUUUGCAGUUAUACUGCAACAAAGUUUGGUUUUAGACUCCAUUAUGAUGUUUUUUUUUUUUCCUCUCUCUCUCUCUCUUUCGUUUUUCGUUUCCGAAAGGGUGUAUAAUGGUCGUUUGGUGUUUAAACAUACCUCUUUCCAUGUGAAUAACUAUUUUUCUUCUACUAUGUAUGUGUAUGCUUCUAAGAUAUAUGAUAUACAUAUAUUUUCCUCUUGUAAA